AUGAAGCUCCAAUUUCUUGCCACCGUUUUGGCCGGUCUUGCCGCUGCCAGCCCUAUUGACCUCGAGGCUCGCCAGCUUGCCCCGAUUGGGGAGAAUGAGCUGCGAAAUGGCGACUGCAAGGAUAUCACUUUUAUCUUUGCCCGCGCUUCCACCGAGCCUGGCUACCUGGGUAUCUCGACCGGUCCCGCUGUCUGCGAUGCUCUUAAGCUCGCAAGAAUUGGCCGAGUCGCCUGCCAAGGAGUUGCACCUCGCUACACUGCGGACCUGGCAUCCAACUUCCUUUCCAAGGGCACCACCCAGGCCGCCAUUGACGAGGCCACUGAGCUGUUCCAGCUGGCAGCAUCCAAGUGCCCGAACACCAAGAUCGUGGCUGGUGGAUACAGCCAAGGAACUGCCGUCAUGCACGGAUCCAUCUCCGGUCUCUCGGACAGCAUCAAGAACCAGAUCAAGGGAGUCGUCCUCUUUGGCGAUACCCGCAACAAGCAAGACAAUGGGCGCAUUCCGAACUUCGACACCGCUAAGACCAAGAUCUACUGUGCCAUUGGUGACUUGGUUUGCGAGGGUACUUUGAUCAUCACGGCUGCGCACUUCACCUACUUGGUCAAUGUGCCUAGUGCUGUUACCUUCUUGCUGUCGAAGACUUAG